GCAAAGCAAAAUAAACAACAAUUUGUUGGCUGCUCUCUUUCUCUGAGCAUACCGCGUUUCAUAGGUGGGCGUGAGGUCAGGUCAGAGAUAACACACACGCCUCAAUAAUUCAUUCAAUCGCCCAUGGACUCCAAUUCGCAGCAACCACCAGGUACUGGAGCUCCGGCGAAGCCUUGGGAGCGAACAGGGACUGCAUCAGGUCCUUCACCUUUUAAUCCACCAUCGUCUGGCAGUACCAGUGAUGUAGUUGAGGCUUCUGGUACUGCAAGACCGGGCGAAAUUGUUUCGGCUGCUGAUAGGAAUACAGCUGUAAAUAGAAACACACUUAGUCGACCUGUACCACCCACCAGGCCGUGGGAGCAACAAAAUUAUGGGAGUACUUAUGGAGGUUAUGGGUCUGGUCUGAAUUAUAACUCGGGUUAUGGGUCAGGAACUUAUGGAUCAGGAAUGUAUGGUUCAUCAUAUGGUGGAUUGGGAGGGUCUUUAGGUGGUGGAUUAUACGGUAACAGCAUGUACAACAGAGGAGGUUAUGGUGGUUUGUAUGGAGGUUCUAGCAUGUAUGGUGGAGCCGGAGGAAUGUAUAACAGUGGGUUUGGAGGGUCAAUGGGCAGUUAUGGAAUGGGUAUGGGUAUGGGUCCAGGUCCAUAUGGUGAUCAAGACCCAAAUAAUCCAUAUGGUGGUCCACCAUCUCCGCCUGGCUUUUGGAUGUCCUUCCUUCGAGUGAUGCAAGGUGUUGUAAACUUUUUCGGCCGGAUAUCAAUUUUGAUUGAUCAGAAUACCCAAGCAUUUCACCUGUUUAUGACUGCACUUCUUCAGCUUUUUGAUCGCUCUGGAAUGUUGUAUGGUGAGUUGGCUAGAUUUGUAUUAAGACUGCUGGGAAUUAAAACAAAGCCCAGAAAGCUUAAUCAACCAGGACCAAAUGGGCUUCCAGGCCCCCACAACCCCCACGGGAAUCAGAAUUACAUUGAGGGCCCUAAACCUGCCCCAGGUGGUGCAUGGGACAAUGUAUGGGGAGAGAAUGGCAGCAGUUAGUUAAUACCUCCCAGUCUGCUGUUUUUGCCCUGAGAAACCAACCAAAAACCGGGAGCUUUGUGGUAGCUGGGAUUCAGGAGGAAGUAACGAUGUACUCUUAUUGCAUUGGUUAGGCUGAACAUGAAGAUCGCCUUUUGCUUAAAAUGUUUCUUUUUAUCAUGAAAAAAUGUGUUAUUUUUCUGUGAAAUAGAAUAUAGUGUUUCUGCAUCUGUUGUUUUUGUACCAAAGGACAACCUGUGUUGAGAUGGGAAAAUUGCAAUAACAUAUCCUAUAAUGUAAGGGAUAUAUAGGCUUUCAAUAUCGAAAUGUGAAAUUACUCAUGAAUAAAUUUUUGUUUUCGAAAGUUCAUUGUGUCUUGUA